UGAAGCAUUAUAGAUCUCUUGAAUAUUCCUCAUCUUCCUUGGUGGAGUUGAUUCAUCACUAGUGGAAAGUGGAGAUGAAGGUGAAAUUUCUGGUUGAAUCUCUUCAAGCUCCGAAUCUUGAGCAUCUCCUUUGUCAUUCAUGUCAACAAGAGAUUUUAAAAGUUUGUUUGGGUGUUUUAGCUGUACAAAACAACAAACCAUACAACAAUAUGCAUAUGACAAAUGUUGAUGAGGUGUGUUCAUCCAUAAAAAAAAUGCUCCAAGAACUGCCUCCCCUUGCUGAAGAAUGCAACAUCCAUCGAGUUCCCAGACGACUACUUAAAAGAAACCUUCAAGCCUAUAUGCCUCAAAUCAUCUCCAUUGGCCCUUUCCACCAUGGGCGGCAGGAUCUGAUGCCCAUGGAACAACAUAAACUUCGAUUUCUCGAUCGAUAUCUACGUCGUACAAAUUUCGGAAUUGAGGUCACUGUUGGCAUUGUCCGGAGUUGGGAGACAACUGCUCGCAAUUGCUAUGCGGAACCCAUAAACAUGGAUAGUGAUGAAUUUGUGAAAAUGAUGCUUGUGGAUGGUUGUUUCAUAGUGGAGCUUAUGAUGAUGGUUUGUCGCAUAGGUUCUGAAACUGAAACCCGGUUUGAUCCUUUAUUAUUUUGUGCUAUGAUGACAGAUUUAUAUUGUGACUUGAUAAUGCUGGAGAAUCAACUUCCCUUCUUCGUUCUUCAAGGUUUAUUCGACCAAUUUUCACUUGAAGCUGGUUUGUCCUUUCUGCAACUUACACACAUGUUUUACACUCGUGGGCCUUUGAUAAAACCACGGACACUUGAGCUUCCUCAUGGUGUGAUGAUCUCCACACACAAAGUAAACCACUUGGUCGAUUUCUUAAGCUUCUACUACGCCCCAGCCCCAGCCUCCGUCUCUUUUACUAGUCAUUCUUUGGCUAUUAGUCGAAAGAAGUGUACGUUUCCCCCAACGGUAACCGAGCUUUGGGAGGCUGGCAUCGUCUUCAAGAAAGCAAUGCGAGCCAAACACAUUAUGGACAUAAGCUUCAAAGAUAGGGUCCUACAAAUCCCACCUUUGGAAAUUGGUGAUGUUUUUGAAACCUAUGUGCGUAACCUGAUGGCAUUUGAGCAAUAUCACAAUGAUGGGAAGUAUGCAAUCCAAUAUUUCUUGUUUUUGAAUGGCUUGAUCAGUAGAGAGCAGGACGUGAGUUUACUUGUGAAGGCAAACAUCAUAACCAACUGUAUUGGCGGCAAUAACCAAGAAGUCUCAACAUUGUUUAAUGAUCUUUGUAAAGAUGUCAUCGUUCGGGGCGAUUGUAACUGCUUCAAUCAUAUCAAUGAAGCUUUACACGAGCAUUGUGGAGCACGGUGGAACAAGCGGAUGGCUUCACUAAGACGUGAUUAUUUUAAUACGCCAUGGGCUUUUAUCUCCUUUGUUGCUGCUGCUUUUCUCAUUCUCCUCACUUUCCUUCAAACCUUAUUCUCUGCUAUGUCACUUUCCAAGUAAAUUAAAGCCCAUGUCUCAUAUACAUUUUCAAGUAAAACCUUAAUUCUCUGUUUACUUAUUUACUUUAUUGCAUGGGAGAAUCUACUACAAUAGUUGUGGAAAUUUUCCCACUAUCAUUGUGCUAUUAAUUGUAUGUAUAUCUCAGAUAUGGUUGUUAAAUAAAUCUGUUUAAAACGAUUUUCUUAUUCAAUAAUAUUUGAUAUUUUAGUUUUUGUA